AUCUGCAAUAUGCAAUGCUCAUGCGAAUAGUCACAUUAUGUCUAGACCAGCACCUUCAACCAUCUUCAUUCAAGCAACUAUAAUGUUCGAAUAUAUAUCUUCGUCUCAACUGGUAGACAAGGUACUCUAUCAAAGCGCUCCACUGAUUGGAUCAGAUCGCUUCACCACUGUCUGCAAUAAUUCUAUUGUCGUGCUCUCCGCUGUGAGACUCCCUGAAUCGACUCGCUCUGGCUAAAUCGCAUUAGCGGGACCGUACCCAUGGUUCCGAUCAUCGAGCUCCACAGAUGCAUCAUCUAUCACAUUUGGUACUUGGGUAUUUUGAUCUCCCCAAAUACAUAAAGACAACCGUGCCUCUCCAAUCCUGCUCCUUUAUCCUCCCUUCUCAUGGACUCCACGAACGGAAGUCUUGAGUCCAUCGAGACUGCAUUCCAGCACACGAGGCUCGUUGGGUAUAUGGACGUAUCAAGCGUCGCGCUGCUCUUAUAUGAUUACACUCUCACGCUCUCACUGGAAGUCGACCUGGUGUGGUGUGCUCCUUGGAGUCUUCUGAAGCUAUUUUACAUCGUGCAGCGGUAUCUACCCUUUUUCGAUACCGCCUUCCUCGUCCUCUACCAUCAAUUCGCCCCAGAACUCAGUAUACGCUAUUGUCAGAUCAGUCACAGCAUGAGUGGUUGGAUGUUCACCACCGGAAUCGCUAUCUCAGAAGUGAUCCUCACGGCUCGCGUCUGGGCCGUCUGGGAAUGCAACAAAAAACUAACAUUCGGUCUUCCUGUGUUUUUUCUGCUAUGCUGGGCGCCAAAUUUUGCCAUGAUGGGUGUAUUUCUCAAGUCUAUGAAGUUCGGCCCAGCACCUCUCCCAAGCCUAGGUUGCUUUGUGACUACGAGUGAUGACAUACUAUAUUUGUGUUGGACGUGCCUGAUGAUCUACGAUACUGGGAUGCUGCUUUUGAUGCUCGUAGCGGGCGUGAGAGCCUAUAAGACAGGCGGGGAUUCGGCACUGUUUAAUGUGGUAUUUCGAGAUGGUGUGAUGUAUUAUGCAUACCUGUUCGUUAUAUCUGUUAUCAACGUCGCAAUGAUUCUUAGUCUACCGCGUGACCUUGUUCAUCUUCUGUCGUCUGCCGAGCGUGUUAUUCACGCACUCCUUACAAGCCGAGUCGUAUUAGACAUACGGGCACAGGGCAAACGGACAGAGAUCGACCAGAUGAUGUGCCUGGAGACACGAUCCUCUGACGAUUGCACGAGCGUGGGGGUGUGGGUGACACAGACGACCAGAGUAUACUCCGACAGCGUUUAAAAUGGGGAUGGCGACGCACAAAUUGGAAUGGCGUUAUGAUCAUGAAACAGGACUUCACAGUCACAAAAGUGUUACCGAUAUUAGAUGUUGACAGUGGCCCAGAAUGCUUCGGAUGUCCUGCUACCCAAGUGUUCGGGUGCCUCGCUGGCUAGGCCCUGCUGUUCAUUUGUGAUAGAUUCGGUAACAAGUCUACUUCAGC